AUGGCCAAGGAAAACGAGCUUCCUACAUUUACCUUGAGCGAUUAUGCCAAGUUUUUCGGUGCGGGGGCCCUGGCUGCGACGUCUACGCACGGAGCGGCCACCCCAAUCGAUGUGGUCAAGACAAGAAUCCAGGUAGACGACUCGCUCAGAGGCUACAACAUGAUCCGAGCGGGCCGCAGCAUCGUGGCCAAGGAGGGUGCGUCGGCUCUGCUGACGGGCUUCGGCCCCACGGCGGUGGGGUAUCUGGUGCAGGGCGGUGCCAAGUUCGCCGGGUACGAGUUCUUCAAGAAGGCCUUGAUCGGCGCGGCGGGGGGACCAGACGCGGCCGUGUCGAGCCGGACGGCAAUCUACCUCUCGUCCAGCGCGGCGGCCGAGUUCCUGGCCGACAUCCUUCUGUGCCCGCUCGAGGCGACGCGCAUCCGGCUCGUGUCGCAGCGGGGGUACGCUUCCGGCCUGGCGACGGGCUUCGCUCGCAUGGCGCGCGAGGAGGGCUUCCGCGGCUUCUACUCAGGCUUCGUGCCCCUCCUGUUCAAGCAGGUGCCCUUCGCCGUCGGCCAGUUCUCCACCCACGAGGCCGUCAACGAGUUGAUAUACCGCACGAUCGGGAACGAGCGCAAGGCUCGCCUGACCGGUCUCGAGUCGACCGCUGUCGAGCUCACCUCGGGUCUGGCCGCCGGUGCCGCCGCCGCCGUGCUGUCCCACCCGGCCGACACGCUCCUGUCCGCCGUCAACAAGGGCGCCGGCGACUCCUCCCAGGGCGCCACUAACCGCAUGUUCCAGCUCGCGAGGGAGUUUGGCCCCCGGAGACUGCUGCUCACCGGCCUCGGCCCGCGUCUUGUCAUGACCUGUGCUCUCGUCUCCGGUCAGUUCGUCAUCUAUGCGCAGUGCAAGACCCUCACCGGUGCGCCGCCCGGCAUUGAGAUUCACAAGGAGGCAUCGCUAUAG